GUGCUCUGGGACUUGGAUGUUACAAUAACCUCGAUCUUUGCGCCAGCACGGUUCGCCAUCGGGGCCUGCGCAUGCUGUUUCUUGUACCUGAAUCCAUUUUCAUCCCAUUUUGGAUUCUGGAUGUGACUGGGAGCAGGGGAGGGGGAGAGCACGGAAAGAUGUUUGGAUUUUGGAUACGUCUGAAUGGAGUGGGUGGCAGAGAGAGAGAGAGAGAGCAAGCUUGCGCAGGUGCAGGUGCAGGUGCAGGUCCACGAUAUGAAUGAUGUGAAUAGUAUAGAUGGUGUGAAUGGGACGGAUGAAUGAUUGGAUUUGAUAUGAUAUGAUAGUCCAUAUGAGAGAGAGAGAGGGAGGGAGGGAGAGAGAGAGAGAGAGAGAGGGAGAGAGAGGGAGAGAGAGAGAGAGAAUGAGUGAGUGAGUGAGAGUGAGAGAGAGUGAGAGAAGCUACCUCAAAAGGAUCUUCUCUUUUCUUCUCUUCUCCACACCCAUCCAUCCACCCACCCGCACUCGCACUAUACUAGGAACUUUGGAGUUUCAUCCAACUAUCAAACAUCCAUCCCAUCGUUUGUUCGUCCUGAUCUUUUCCACGUUUCGUUUUUUAUUUCUAUUUCGUCUCUAUUGUCCAUCCACAUACACACUCAUCGUAAACAGUCAGUCCUUACAGCAACAGUCGAGUAGCACGCAAGCAUCCCUCUUGUCGGUCAUUUCAAUCCCAUCUUUUGAACGGGAAUUCUAUCAUUAUAUACUACUUUACAUACUUAUUACAAUUACCAUAUCUUCGUCUUCGUUCUUUAAUCGCAUUGACAAUUCACUCGAUUCAUCCUCCAAUACUUCUCACACGAAUUGACGCUGCUGCCGUCACAUAGAAACCAAACGAUUGAAUAUUCAUAGACUUCUUUCCUACCCUUCAGAAAUCACCCGGUCUUUCUUUCAUUCUCUCUCUCCCGACCUUUUUACCGCCUCCACUUCAUUGAUCGGCGAAGGAAUAAGAGUCCAACAUAAAAUAACAUAACCGCUACAUGAUCAAUAUUUAAUCACCAAUCGAGGAAAUUGAGAGGUUGCCAUAAUUAAGAAAUCACCUUGCACAUCAUGGCAGACUUUAUGAGAUCGUCGAGUUUUCUGCCAACCAUAAAAUGUUCGAGUUGCGCGAGGGAUAUUCAAAUUGCUAUGAUGGGGGAGCAUCUUUGCUCAGGCCCUCCUUCUGCUGGCGAACCUACACCACCACUGGAAUCAAAUACGGCUUUCGACAGAAUGCCAUAUAAUCAACAAUCGUAUUCCAAUGGAUCGAGUCUGUUGAAACCAGGAAGAGCAAUGCCUCCCAGGGUCGAUACAUCUGCUGCGAAUCGUCCAUUCUUCCAACAAGAUCAAUUGACACCCGCGAGUAGCGCAUCUCCCUCUCGAAGUGCUUCACCAUUAACUCCACAUGAUCGUCUUCGAUUACCAUUCGGAAAGUCUUCGCGCGCUAAUGAUUCUUCACCUACGCAAAGACCCAUUACCCCAGCUCUAUUAUCAUCGAAUCUAGACUCUGCUUUCCCUCGCUUUCCUACAGCAAAAGUAACGGGAUCACCUCGACUCAAAAGUGCAUAUGGCGCUCACUCGCCGAGGAUGGAACAGGCGGAUCCAAUGAUGUUCGCGCCCACAAAUCCAAGAGUCUAUAUAAAUCCAAAUGUUGCGGCAAAUGUUGCGUCUUUACAAAACGUUACAAAUACCCCAGGUCCGUUUGCGAUUGACUCAAGGAAGGUUUCGAGACCUGAAGAAGGACCAAUUUACAAUAGAAAACCUACCAUGGGACGUCCAGAUGACAUAAUUUCACCACCUUUGACUGCCGAGCCUGAACAAAUCGAUCGAACACGCUCGACAAGCUCUGGCCAUUCUAGGACUUCAACAAAUAGCUCGACCAAUAAUUUCCCAAUGCCACCGCGCAACAAAGGAUACGGUAUUUUAUCACCUGAAAUGGGAGAAGAAUCUCAGGAAUCCGCACAUUCAGGAGCUAUGAGAUCACAAACCUUUCCUCGACGAAAGGAAAGUUUGGACUUUCAUGCGUCGCGUAGAAAUCAAUCGAUAUCAAGUCAUAGAUCGCGAGAGUCGAAUGAUCGAGGACGGAAAACAUCACUCUCUGGUCCUGAUACGUCGAGAGCAUUACCACCGCGAGGUGCAAGUCUCAUCCGAGGAAGGUCAGGACAUGAAGCUGGAGAUCUUCCACCAUUACCAAAUAUCAACUUGGAAGCAGAAUUUGGUGCUAAUAAUCCAUAUCAUUCUGCAUCCAAUUCUCAAUCAUCCACUCAUUCAUAUAUCUCUUCCACUUCUCAAGGGAGUAAAGGUAGCUCACGGUCAAGCCCUCCAUCCACAGUGGAAAGCGAUUAUCACAGGAGACAGCCAUCAAAUCCCAGAAUGUCUGAUCUCAUGUCGGAAAUUACUUCCUCAAUGGCAAAUAUUUCACCACAUGAUAUUUAUCCCAGACCGAGCGAUUUAGAACCAGUAAAAGAACAAGAACCAUACUCACCUCUGAGUCCCGCCUUUCAAUCCCCAGAUUACGCCACCAAUCCUGUCAAUCGCCUAUCGCCUGCACCUCGUGUUCCCCCACCCGCGCCUCUCAAACCCCGCAAUCGUGACCCCUCACCUGCGCCACUGAAUCCUCGAUCACGAAAUCUCUCACCAGCCCCUCUCAAUGGUUUCCAAAGAUCUCACACAGCUCCACUCCUCGAUCAAAAUAAACCUUUACCCGCUCCUCGACGCCCCGCCACUUCAAAAGGUAAUUGCAAAUCUUGCACGCUUCCCAUAAAAGGCAAAUCCGUAUCUUCAGCAGAUGGUCGUUUAACUGGUCGCUAUCAUAAGCCAUGUUUCGUGUGCACAACUUGUCGAGCUCCAUUCCUUACCUCGGAAUUCUAUGUUCAUGAUGAUGCGCCAUAUUGUGAACAUCAUUAUCAUCAAUUGAAUAACUCAAUGUGCUCUGGUUGUGAUAGGGGUAUUGAGGGACAAUAUUUGGAAAGUGAGAAGAAGGAGAAGUUUCAUCCAAGUUGUUUGAAUUGUGCCGACUGUAAGAGAAAUUUAAGACAUGACUAUUUUGAGAUGGGUGGGAAGAUUUAUUGUGAGAGGGAUGCUUUCAGGAGAGCACAGGAGUCACGCAAAGGAGGAUUGGGUGCUGGAUUGAAUGCAGAAACGACGAGGAUGGAAAGGAGAACCACGAGGUUAAUGAUGAUGUAGUGACUCUGGGAAAUUCAAAGGUUGGAUUCGAGGCGCUUAAUACUGUGAGCAUUGUGUUGUUUUAUACCAUAUAGUCUUAAAUAGACUUGCGUUGUUUUCUGUUCUUUAAAGGCAUAGCGAAGCGUUGCAUUAUCCCUUUUUUUUGUCAAAUUUUCGACUGGUUUGAGGACCUUUGAUCUCGACUUUGAUUUCGAUUUCGACAUCGGAUUCGAAUUCUCUUUAUACAUAUACCCUUAUUUUACUUUCAGCGCAAAAUAAUUCGUCGAUUUUUGUACCUUAUUUGGGUUUCUUAUUCGUAUUUCUUUUUGUAUAUUUUUUUCAUAGAGAAUUUUGGUUAUUCAAAUGGGAAGAGUAGAAUUCGUAUUAUAUAUAUGGACGAAUGGAAAGGAGGAAUGAGGUUAAAUAAUGUUUAUAUAUGAUUUGGGAUUGGAGUUGUGUGGAUGGAUGGGUGAGGGGUGAGGAGGAGUGAUGGGUGAGUGGAUGAGUGGUGAAUAGGCGGAGAGGUGGAUAGGUGGAUAGGUGGUGAGUGGAUCGGUGGUGGAUAGGUGGAUAUGUAUAGAUAAAUGGAAUGUUUGAUGUGGAUUUUUGAGAGGAUGAGAUGGUGUGAGAUGGUAUGAGAAUGGAUAGAAUAAGUUGAGAUUGUAUGUAGUGGAUGGUAUGACAUAGAUCAAAAUGAAAUUAUGUAUUGUACGAUAUGAUUUUCUGGGAUAUAUGUAUGUGUAUGCAUGUAUGUAUAUAUGUGAUAUAAUAUAAUACUUUUGAUGGGGGGUUUUUGGGGUAGGGGAUAGCA